GAACAAGUGAAGAGUAAUACAAUUCUUACUGAGCAGCACAUAUAUGAUGCUCUUGAUAUAUUGAAAGGAGCCAUCAUGAUAGUGUAUCCUCAGAAUUUACCUCCGUAUGAUCCUAUUCGCAAAGAAUUGGAAAACCAAGAGGACUUAGAAGGCACAGAGUUACAUAAACAGGUCUUAGAUUUGUCCUUGACACAGUUGUGGUUUGCUGGUAAAGAAUUGCAGUGUGGAAAAAAGCUGCUUGAUUAUGUUGGCAGAAAUGAAAAAACAAAGGUGAUUAUGAAAGUUCAGCAUCGAGGCCAUGGAGCACCAGGUAGAGAACCUCGCAUAACAGAAGAUCAGCAGAAAGAGUUGAUGAUUAAAGAAUUUAAAAGACGUGAAGCAUUGAAGCAUCUGGAAGAGGAGGAGGAUGAUUCAUAUCUUGACUCUCCCUGGGCAGACAGUAACCAGCUUAAACGGUCAUUCCAAGGAUUAAACAAUAUCUCAUGGAAACCCCAUUGAUCUUGUAUCAUAAACGUAAAUGGUUUGUAAAUAUA